UGAAGCACAAGAUGAUGAGAAUGCAAAUGAUGAAAUAUCUGAUGAUGAUAUACCUACUGCUGGUACUCGUCAACAGUGGCAAUAUGCACAUAGACAAUUUCAUCAAAGGAUAGUUGCUCGAUGUCAAAGUCAGGAGCAGAAUAGAAAAAUGCAAGUACGUUCUAAAAACACCAGACCAGAUAAUAUAAAACAAGUUACUGAGUUAGAUGAUACAAAUCAAAUAGAAUAUUUACCUUCAGUUUCUACUAUUGGUCUGCUUGAUAAAGUCCGGGCUGCAAUUUAUCUAUUAAUGGAUGAAUUAUGGGCAGUUCCAACUGACCUUGCCCUAGUUGCUACAUACCUUGAUCCAAGGUUUAAACAUUUUAAUUGGGCAACAAACAAUGAAAAAGAAAGAGCACAGAACCUAGUAAAGACCUUAUAUGAUAAAUUAAAAAUCAAGCUUACUAUUCCAGAUGAUAUUGAAGAAAGUUUUGUGGAUAAGGAUUAUGAAGAUAAUGAUGACUUUUUUAAUGAAUUAGAAACGAAUUCUAUACAAACAAACUCAGAAGAAGAGGAUGAGUGA